UCAGAAAAGAUAUGUAAAAAUGAUACCCAGCAUUUUAACGAUCAUUUUAUCACUCCUUCCCUUGGCUUCAGGUACGUCUCCCGCUAAUUGCACUGUCGAGAGACUACAGAAAGACGUGAAAGUUAGCUUAAAAGAUUUUAACAAAGUCACCCUGGAGGAAAACCAGGCGUACUUCAGGGAGAAAUGCUCUGACCAAUGUUGGAAUGUCGAAGUUAACGGCAUUUUAAGAACACAAUGUUCUAAACCAUCAAAUGGUUACGCAGUGUACCAAUGUCCAGAUGACUCACUAUUCUACCUAAUGAACCCAACCAAUUGUUACAUAAAAUACUACACUUUGUGUAGUAGAACUGCAAGUCACCAGGACCAUGAUCUGACCGAUACUAUAAAGGACUUGAUUUGCUCGUGUAGCUCUGAGUUUUUAAAGCACUACGUGAACGGAACAGACUGCACAGUACAAUUUGACAAACAGGCAUACUUGUAUUGCAAGGAUAACGGUAAUUCCCACAUCAAGUUCGUCGAGGCAUGCGGUUUUGGUGUCUGUGAGGACAAGAUAGAUGUUGAUAAGGACCGUGGUUUCAAUUGUGGGGAAAAAGGAAUGUAUUGUCAGAGGAACGAGAAUGACGGGUACAUCAGAAAUGUAUUCAAGUGCGACGGCACUGCACAAUGUGAUGACUCCGAGGAUGAAAAGGACUGUGAUGAAACAUCAGGCGUGUAUUGUGACGAAGACGGCGAAAAAAUUGACUACAAGCAAGCUAAAGAUGUGUGUGAUGGAUUUGCUGAAUGUGCUGAUGAGUCCGAUGAGUCCGAAGAGAAAUGUCCGGAUAACUAUUGCAAAGCAGGCAAUGGUAGUUCAAUAUAUAUGACAGAAAACAUAUUGUGUGAUGGUAAAGCAGACUGCGGCGAUGCAAAAGAUGAGCAGCAGGCCAACUGUGAAAGAUUGGCUAGAUUCUUUUAUCCUGGCGAUGGUGCACCUUGUGACAACAACACUAAAUGGAUUAGAUCAAAAAAUCUUUGCUCAGGUAAAUGUGAAGAUGGUAUGGACAGGGAGGAGCGUUGGAAUUGUGAUCAGCACGAACAGUGUCCAGAGUCAGAAGAUUCUGACACACCCACGAUACUGUGCAACAGUACCAUCAUUUGUACUCCAAAAACACUUGGACUCAGCCAAAUAAUGCAUGAGAAUUGUCAAUACUGCGCUGACGGAGCAGCAAACUCUGUAAAACGGUGUAAAGAUACAGGUAAGGGGAUAGUUUGCAGUAAAGUUGAAACUGGACCAUUCGAUGUCCCAGAGGACAUAUUUGUACCAAACGCCGAACUGUGCGACGGUAAUUUCCAAUGUCAGGGUAAGGAGGACGAGGAGGAUUGUUCGAGUGGUUACUAUUGCACGAGCAUGAGGAGCAAUGAGAAAAUAUUCAUACCGUGGAGAAAGGUUUGCCCGGGAGCUGUGAACACCAACACGAUUAAAGAUGCUCUUUGUAAAGACCAGUCUGACAAACUGCACUGUGAGAGUGACUUUUUCGACGUUCUCACAUUCAAGGACGGGACAAAAGGGAAUGAGGAAGUCAACUAUGCGGAUUAUCUCAACGUAGAGCUUAUCUUUGGUGAAACCGCUGAUAAAGUAGAUAAAGAUUCACUUCUGAGGGUUGUGAAGCACAGAGCCUUCGCAUGUCAAGAGUAUUAUUAUAAUCUUAACGGUCCAAAAGGGGACAUUAUUAAGGAAACUAUAGAAGAACUGUGUAUAGAUGAAGAUGAUUUCAAAUGUCCUCGCCCUUAUGAGACAAAGUUUCCCAAUAAUGGAACUCUGAAUCAAAAAAUAAUGAAAAAUUGGAUGUGUCAAUACUCUGACUACUGUAAAUUCGAGGGCACCAAGAAACCGCAGAUAGAACUGUGUAGAAACAGUUCCUAUUGUUACACAGAUGAUAUGAGGUGCAACAACAAAAACGACUGCACGGAAUUUAAAAUAGAUAACGAUGAUAACAAAUACAUUGAAAUAGCAGAUAAAACUGACGAAAUUGGCUGCUCGAAUAAGGGGUUAAAAUGUGGACCAGGCAAGUCAGUAAUAGAGGAUGCGUACGUGUGUGACGGGUUUUAUGAUUGCGAAACAGAGGUCGACGAGAAAAUAUGUGAUGGUAACUACAAAAAGUCAGAGAAUCUGCAACGGAAGAGGACCUCUAAGUUGGUCCCAUACAAUGAGCCAUUUCAUCGGACGGAAGAUGCAGUGGACGAGUCUUGUGAUGUGAACAGAACUGAGGAGUAUCAUCUCUACUCAAAAUACACACUCAAUAUUUCAGAUCCUCGUGAAAGCUACUCUCUUACCCAGAUAAAAGUGAAGGUGGUAAAGUCAUGUGACUGCUCCCAGCUGACCGGUACCCGGUACAUGGCAGCUGUCUGCAACACUCAACCAAACGGUACGGAUCAGCCGUGUUCUGACAGCUCUGUCUACAACAACACACUCUGUUAUCCGGAACUGAUGGCUCAGUGGUACACUCAAGAUUAUAACACAAAAGUAGAAGAGGACGUCUCCUGUAAAACACAAACAAAAACCUUGACCAGUAUAACAGGAGAAGGCGGAGUGGUUACAUACCGAACAUUCGUGAGAUACCACAACGAUUCUAGCGAGUUCAUCGACAAAUCAGUCUUCUGCAAGAAUAAUAAAACAAGAAAGGAAAAGAAAUGUGGCAUUCCUCUUACAACAAUGUGUGAUCUAGUAAAUGAUUGCGGGGACUGGUCAGACGAGAGCAGCACCUACUGCCGCAACAACUUCGAGUGCAAAAUCGGCCAAACUGGAAAUGUAACCAGAGUAAUAGCCAAUUCUAAAAAGUGCAAUGGAGCAUCAGAUUGUGAUCGGUCCCAGGAUGAGUGUCUGGACGAGUGUAAUGAAGAUGGUAUUACUAAUACUGUUAGCCUGCUGGGUGGGGUAGGUCUUCUAGUGGUGGUCUGGAUUAUGGGGGUCGUUUCCCUGAUCUUCAACUUCUACCUCAUCAUUGCAAUGACUAAAUCUGCGUUUGAUGUACUUGAGAAAGUGCCUCACCGUUUUAUUUAUCGGAUACUUGUGACCACUAUCGCUAUCGGUGAUGUGAUGGUGAGCGUGUAUCUUGUCAUGCUCGCCUCGGUCGACAGCUUCAGAGACAGAAAAUAUUGUGAGAUGAAAGAACAGUGGUUGACUGGAUCUGCCUGCAUGGCAAUGGGAGUGCUAAGCACGUUUGGUAACCAUGUAUCCCUGUUCGCCAUGGUAACCCUCAGUAUGUUCAGACUGAAGACUGUGGUUAACUACUUGUGGCCCAGAUCUGUUAAUAAGGCUAAAGCCAUAAGGAUAACAAUCGUGCUUGUUUUGGGUAUAUUGAUAGUUGCAGCUCUCAUUUCUACCAUACCUCUAGUGGACUCUCUCAAGGAUAGCUUUGUGGACAGGUACUACUUCCCAAAACGUGGGAACGUAUUUGAGCGAGGAGAGAAACGUCACAUCUACCACACCCUGAAUACCUACAACGAUGUAGGACAAUUCAACGAUUCCGGUAUUAAACAACUAACAGAAGACAGCUCAUGGGACGCUCUACUGAACGGCACUGACGUCCUCUUCAACGGAAGCGUCAUCAUCACAGGGAAGAAGCCCUACUCCUUCUACUCCGCAUACGGGGUCUGCCUCUUCAACUAUCUCAACUCAACGGGCAACAAUAGCUUCCCCUACGUCAUCAGUAUCAUCGCCCUCAAUCUCGUCUGUUUCCUGACAAUUAUAGCUUCGUACCUGUGGAUCUGGAAGGUCGGGACUACAUCAAAGAGCACGGAGAGACAACUACAAAAGAAGCUCAGUAUUGCGGUGUUUCUCAAUAUACUGUGUAGAUUGCCGCUGUUCAUGAUUUGUCUUGCUCAUAGCAUUGAACAGUUUGAUGUGAGUGUCAGUGAGAAAUGCACGGGAACGUGUUUGUAUUACAGAUAUAUGAGUGUCUUCGUCAUCCCAAUCAAUAGUGUCAUAAACCCUUUCAUUAACUCAGAGGCUGGUAUACUGGACCUGCUACGUGCCAAGUGUCUAGCAAAACGUCAGAACAUGAUAACCACAAACAAGACAAUAACGAACUCAGUAACAGUGGGAACCUCUCUUACAACCGUCUCCACGGCUGGCAACAGGAACCCAACUUACCAGCUCUCUAAAGUUAAUCCCCCGAGCACGUUGGAGGAGGAGACCACCAACUAAAGUCACUCUUCAUACACACGACCAACAAUACAACUAUUUUACCCAGUACCCAUGUAAUGAAAUGAGAAUAACCCAACUCAGUGGCUUGAUUGAUCCCUUGUCCUAACCCAGAACUAACAAGAAACUACCCCUCCAUUUUCUAAUUAUAUGGACAUGUCAACAAUCAAGACCAUCCUGGUCGUGAUUCGUGAAUCAUCCCUUUAUCUUGCCUAUCGCUAAUUCUAAAGAUUCUCAUAAACUAUGUGCUGAUUUUAUAAACUGCAUUACCGAUGCAUGUUAUAUCUACUGAUGAUUUUAUCUUUUCUGGCAUACAUAACAUAGAUUUCAAAGUACAGAUAAAAUUUCUUUCAAAGCUUAUUUUUAAUUUCUUUAAUUCUUAUCUCUCAAAUGCUAACAGGCCCCGGAUACGAUGCAAUUUUAUUGAUUUGCGAUCCGAUUGACAUUUAAUUAUGUAUGAUCAUUUGAUUUGAAGUUUCUGUAAAAGAUGAAAAUUCUUUAUUGGUUAACUAACAGUAAUAUAAUCGGUGUACAGCAUUAUAUAAUCAACAGUUUUAUAAAGCGUUACAUGAUUACGUAAAAUAAUGUUAAAUU